GAGGGAAGGUCUGAGUGCUGUGCUAGGAGCAGCAAAGCUAGCUGAAAAAUUCCUGCAUUUGGCUUUGUUGUUAUGCUCCCCCUACAAAUUUGUAUAGGCAACAAAACAAGCCAUAGCCCCCAGUACACCUCCAAGUUCCCCAGCAGCAGCUCUUCUCCCUCCCCCGACUCUUCAUACACCUGUGCAACGUCCGGGCAGCAGUAGGUGCAGAGGAGUGUGUCAUCCAAGCAGCAUUUCCCACUCCCAAACCAGGAAGUGACUGUAAAGUUUUCACGCUCCUCUCCUGAGAGCAACACGUCCCCUCCUGUUCAUGGCACUGCCUGCGGCGGAGUCCCCCUGGGGGCACAACUGAUGGCUGGAGAAAUGCCCAGCCUGACCGCAUUAGACCAGCUGCCCUGGAACUCCACCUCUGCGGAGCAAGGGGCCAGAAAUGGGUCCCACUUCAACUUUUGGUACAACACAAACAAGACUCAGCUCUUGGGUGUUUUGUUGGCAAUCACUGGAAAUUUUCUGAUUAGUAUCCCUUUGAAUAUCCAGAAAUAUGCUCAUCUCCAACUGGCAUGCCAAGCAAAUCAAAAGCCCUAUUACACAAGCAAGCUGUGGUGGUGUGGAAUUAUCCUCAUGGGGCUUGGAGAACUGGGGAAUGCUGCAGCUUAUGGAUUUGCUCCAGCCACUCUUAUAGCUCCAUUAGGAUGUGUAUCUGUCAUAGGUAGUGCAUUUAUUUCUGUCUUAUUCCUAAAAGAAACCAUGAGGGCUGCUGCUAUGUUAGGUGGAACCCUGAUAAUUGCAGGAACAUAUUUGUUGGUGACAUUCGCUCCAAAUGUAACCCAGGAGCUCACGGCAACUAAAAUACAGAAUUAUUUAAUUAGCUGGCAGUUUCUGAUCUAUGUGUUCUUAGAAAUAAUAAUAUUCUGCAUUCUUCUGUAUUUCUACAAAAGGAAGGAUGUGAAGCACAUUGUGGUUUUGUUAAUGAUGGUAGCACUACUAGCAUCAUUGACUAUUAUUUCAGUAAAGGCUGUGGCUGGUAUGAUAACAUUCUCUGCAAAGGGCAAAAUGCAGCUAACAUACCCCAUUUUCUAUAUCAUGUUGAUUAUAAUGGUGACAUCUUGUGUUUUCCAAGUCAAGUUCUUAAAUCAAGCUAUGCAACUCUACAAUGCAACAGUCAUUGUGCCGAUUAACUUUGUGUUCUUCACAACCAACGCCAUCAUUGCAGGGGUCAUAUUUUAUCAGGAAUUCCAAGGUGCAGCUUUGCUGAGUGUGUUCAUGUUUCUAUUCGGGUGUCUUCUAUCAUUUCUUGGCGUGUUUGUAAUCACACGAAAUCGAGAAGAGGAGCGUUUGCAAGUUCCUUAUAUUGACUGUGGACACAUUCCUGGAAAAAAAAUGACUGACAAAAUACAGCCGGAUUCAAACAGCUUAUCCUAUGGCACUUUGCAUGAUGAAGAUGACUUGGCGAGGGCUCAGAGCUAAGAGCACCCUCAAUUCCAGUUAACAAUAGGAACUCUCUAUUCAUUGACAUCAUAUUCAGCAUCCCAUGUUGAUUGCAUACAUUCAGUGUGUAUGUCAUGUUAUUUUAUGUUGAGAACCCUUAGAGUUAUUUAAGUAUCCUUAAGGGUCCCCUGCCUAUCACAAAUGUGUUACGAUGAUCCAGGAGAGCUAUAAAGCUAGUAACCAUUAAAUGGAGCUGGAUAUUUUCCUGGUAAAAUACCUCUUACUGGUGGUUUAGGGCCAGAUAUUUAAAGAUAUUUAGAUGCCUAAAGAUGCAACUAGCCACACAGUGGGAUUUUCCAAAGCACCCACUUCACCUGCCUGAAUUUAUAGGUGCUUAAUUCCUUUAAAAAUAAGUCAUCAAAAUAUAGUGUGUUUCUAUGAAAGCAUCUGUUGGGAGAAAUCCUGCUUGCCUUAUUCAUACAGCUAGUCCCGUUGCCUUCAAAGGAACUACACAUGUGAGUACAGUGAGUGGGAUUUGUUCCAAUAUAUAAAUAUGGAUGCAUUCACAUGGUAUGUAAUUUAUGUUGAGAUAUGGUAAAAGGCUUGGCAUUAUCAAUUCCUCCAAAGGAGCCCUCUGGGACGGGAAUUUGUCUCUGUCCUACUGGACUGGAGCAGCAAGCAGCUAUUUCAAUACAAUCCAUUCUGAUCCUUACCCCCUCUGUCUUCAUUAAAAAAUAUACGUUUUUGGUGGGGAUUUUGAAGAGGGUGCACACUCUUCCAAUAGAGAAAUAGGAAGCCAACCUUCCACUGCUGUUGUAUUUUGAAUAGGCUCGGCUGGGGAAAAAGUGCGUUCAAUAUAUGGGGCCCAGUCCAUGAAGUCAACGGAAAUAUCGUGUGGGUAAACGAAUCAGGAUCACGAAGGCUAAGUCACUGGGCUAAAAUAUAUCUUUUUCCUUCAUAAAAAGACUUCCCUGCAGUAAGCUAGAGAGCUAGUGCUGGCAGCAGCUGUGGUCACACAGACGGAGCUUGGAGCUUCGAGUCAGAAAGCCGUAAUCCUACUUUAGCUUCUGACUCAUAGGAGAAAGUUACUUAUGGCCAUAGGGAGAUACACAGCCUCAGUUUCUGCUUCUAUCUGCUAAUACUAAUCUACCUCAUGGGUGUGUUGUGAGGAUUAGAUAGGUGCUCUGGGGGAAAAGAAGAAGCACUUUAUAAGUGUUCAGAGUUACUAUUUGAACCUUGUACAAAAUACUUUUGCUCUUUUAAAAGUAUGUCAUAUAUCAUAUGCAGCCAGCUCAAUGGGGUCUGCUGAAUGAUGCCUCUUCUAAACACAAUAUUUUUGUAGUCAGUAUUUUUAUUUUAGAAGAGAUCCAGUCAAAGUGACUUUAGUAGUUUAAACACUGAUUUGUUUAUUAGACAUGUUGAAGUACCUAGAAAAUGGUACAUAUUGCUAUACAUUAAUCUCCCUACAUCCAAGAUUCAGGGAAUUUUUUAAUUUAUGAUUUAAGCUUUUGCAAAUUGAUAUAGAGUCAGGUACCCAGGGAUUCAAUACCACCCUCCCCCAGUUUUCUAUUAAAAUUCAAGGAAGCUGCCCAUCUAUAUCUCUCAGAUGCCCAAUGAGUCUUCCAGCAAAAACAGGAAAGACUAGACUUUACAUUACUGAUCAAUCUCUGGUAAAAAUGCAGAUUUUUUUAACACACCCUAAAGAAUCAAAAGGAUACUAACUGAAUUUUUCUUUCCUUUGUAGCUCAAUUUUAAGCACCCUUUUUACCUGUCAAGUGAAAAUGUGUGCUAAAGAUGGAAAUAAGAUGUCUAUAAAUUUCAUUGCUAUUAUUUCCUAGAAAUAUUUUUUUUUUAAGUCUUGGCAGCAGAUACCUCUGAAAUUUGUUUCCACAAUUUGGGAGGGGUGAAGGAGGAAAUUCUCCCAGGAUUUUCUAGUGACAGUAGGAGACUGAAUGCAAAAUCUCUGGGUAAAUCCAUUUUUUAUUUUAAAAGUACUGUAAUUCUGUGUGACACAUCACCUCCUUCUGACGGUUUAAUAAAAAAUAAAAUGAUGUUCUAUAGAUGGGGAGGGAUAACUUUCGGUGUAAAAUUAAGUGUAAUUGAAAUUGAUAUAUUGAUUAAAAGUUCUAGGAGCCACUAAUUACACAAUUAACAAUGGUCAUAAGACCUGAUAUAGAGACUUAGGCACACUUCAAUUAAUCUACAUAAGUUCACAUUACACUAUUGUAAUAUAUAGUAAUGGGCAUUCAUUAUUACUGCCCCCAAAAAUAAACUUGUCAGUUUCACUGUGUUUAGAAUCCGCUUCUAGUCAAUUUCAGAUUGCCCUAGUGAUGUUUAGGUUGCAAACACUAUAGAGGAAUGUUUGUUAAAACAUAAACCUUUUCAUUGGACUCUAAAGAAAAACAUAGAAAUGUUUUUAUUGUAUUAAAUUUUGCAAGAAUCUUUUCUUCCCCCAAGAUCAAUAUCUUGGGCCAAAUGUGACCUUUAAAACCUGUUCUGCAAGUUGAAUCUGCCUAGAGCCUGAAUAGGUACAAUAUAAAAUCUACAGAAAUAAAUAGAAGGGUAGCCCAAAGUCAGCCCCUCUGAAUGGUUUCUGCAGUGUCUAGUUUGUAAGUCUGACAAACCAGGGCCAGCGGGAUUGAUUCAACCCUUGUUACACUGCUGAUAGAUACUGUGCAGGGGAAAUCAGAACUUUAACUUGAAUAUGGGACUGGAAACGGGAACUUUUGAAUUCUAAUCAUGGCUCUGCUAUUGAUUCUGCAUGGGACUUUUGCAAAUGACUUAACCUUUCUCUCUCCCAAAAGUGCAAGAUCCACUUUGGUGGAUGGUCACAUGGACACAACUCAAAAGCUCAGCCACCUAGAUUUGUUUAUAAUUUUAUUCAAAAAUUAGUGUGUCAUCAAUAGACUUUUAGGACCAGAUUGCCCAGUCUAGGUCCAUUUAGUGUCAUGUAAGUGGUGCAAAGUGGCCUUAAAAUGGCUGGUAAUGACCAACUGAGAAUUCCCCCUAUUCAGGAGAACACUCGAGUGGUAGAGGCUGGUCUGCCACCUCCUUUUUUGCUAAUAAUAGCAAUUAAACGUUGUUCAAAGAAAACAAGAUUACAUGGGGAAUGGUGAUGUUUAGUAUUUCUAUUAAAUUCAUUCUCGUUAUAUCCUUCAUUACAGUUUCUUUGUAAAAAUAUAGAGCAUCUAUUCUUGGAACACUAGAGGUUGAAAUAUCUAAGUGGUUGAUGUAUUUUAUUGCCUUGUGAUGCAUUACAAGCAGUCACCUCCACUCGCAGGUAGAAUUGCCUACUAACAGCCUCUGUGUCUUUGCUUUUUCUUGGCUCGCUAUGUUAGAGAGGAUAAGGGAUACUACUGAGCCUGUUAAGCACACUAUUAAACCUCAAGGAAAUGAAUUAAAAGAAGGUGAGGGGGAGGAGGGGGAAGACAAGUUCUGUUCCUGUCUUAACACUGGUUUGGAUUUAUGGACAUCAACUAUCGCACAAAGGACAAAUGCCAAUGCUGUUCCUCUAACAAGCUUGAUAAUUCUGGCAAGCACAGUGGUGGCAGACUCCAGCAAAUUGCAAUAGGGGAGGCAAUGCCUAUUCCAGGCUUGGAAAUCUCCAGCUGAGUGUUGGCAAGUGUGUGCCUGUGCUGGAGGCUUAAAUCAAUCAGUUCAAUUUUUCCUGAUGUGACCUAGCAAAAUGUAACAAUUGGUUUAAUCAUUCAUAUCCACAGGAAGCGAUGCAUGUUUAAGGCAUUAACUCUAUGUCCUGCAAUAAUACAUUAAUUUAAUGUAAAACAGUGUUAAAGCCACCUGUUUAAUCACGUUCUCAUUAGUUCUAAUUUGAAAACUGUUAUCAAUUUUCUUCUAAAUAUAGGCUCCGCAACUCAACUCUCUGUGCCUAUAAGCCAGACAAGGAUGCUAUCCAUGAGCAUGGUACCUGAAUCUUAAAUCUGACUCUACUGUAGAAUUCCAGCCCCAUGGGAAUAAUAAUAAAGGAAGCCUAAGGAUGACCCUAGUCAAUCAGCAAUUGAACUGCUCAUUCAGAUGCCAGGAUGUCAAGCCCUUCUACUUUCAAGGCUAGGAGUAGAGCAGGUCUACUGGUUGCAAAUUACCUAUGCAUUGGAUUUAGCUUUUGCCCUGAUUGCAUAUUGUUGGCUGCAAACGGAUUAUUGCUCUCAUGUAUUUGUUUACUAUGCAAAGCUGCUCAACCCAUAUGUUUCACAGACAUAGCUGGGGGACUAUAGGUUGUCACUAACUGGUCACAGCAAGCGUUUCAGUAUUUGUAAUGAAGUAUUCUAUAUGAUUGGUCACAUGCUAUGGUUUCUGUUUCCUGUUUGGAUGACAGAGACAUGACACCAGCCCUGAUAGCUUGGCUCCCAUAUCUGCACAAAGAGAAAGUUCUACAAUCAUUCAUGGAAAGAAAAGUCAUAUGAAGGCUUAAAGAAAGAGUUCAGAUGUAAACAGACUGAAUGGCAUGUUGGCUUUGGCAAACAUGUUUACAAAUAGAAUUUUUUUUAUUUGCCCAGCUCUACCAUCAGGGUAGAUUGAACUGGCUUGUAUCACUGUUAAAUUCAGCAUACUAGCUGUUAACUUCUGUAAUACAUUUGCUUGUGUUCUUCUAAUGUCACCAAGUCUUUGAGGUCUUGUCUGGACUAGGAUUUGGAAGACUAGUGUAGACAAGGGAAUGUGCCUUUAACAUGCAUUAAACUGGAACCAAUUUAGAAUACGUUAAAAAUCACACUGCUGUGUCCACACUAGCCUAUUAACACAUGUUCGUCAGCACCAUCCAAAUCUUAAGCUAGUUUAAACCUUAGUACUAGUGGGUAGGGAUGGAAGAAGCAUCAUCAGCCUCCUUCAGAUGACUCAAAAUAGCUACCUCUGAACUUGACCUUAGGCCCACACAAAUAUUCAAUACAGAUAAAACAAACAGCUAAAUAGUAGCAAACUACCUAAUCAAGUUGCAGACUAAAAAUUAGUUUCUUAAACUAUGCUUUCUUAUUAAGUGCUAUAUAAAGUACCUUGGACUAGACGCUUAAAAACAUCUCGGGCUGAAUAGAGCGUCUAGGUGGUUUUGGAAUGCACUUUGUGAUGUCACACCACGCAGCAUGCAUGACUAUUUUGCGGUUGCUAUUGUACUAUGACUAGUUUAAAUUCAUAUUUUAAACUUAUUGAAUAUUAGCAUAAUUUCAAGUAAUAAUUUAAUUUAUGGUAGAA